UGCAUUUUCUAUAAAAAUAUUCGAACUUAUUAUGUAUACAUUAAAACAUAUUAAUUUAACUGUAGAAAAUUGACACUUCAACGUCCAAACUUCGAGACUGUCAACUAGUAAAACAGAUGAAAUGUCAGUUGAGCCUUUUCUUGAUGCAAAUUUCACCGCGUCAUAGGUGCUCUUGUUUGAGCAACGAUAAUUAGCGUCGGAAAGUACAAUAUUUGACGAUUGGUAUGCUGGAGAUACCGCUAUCGAUUCCUCGCGAUUAAUUUCUGCACGGAUGUGCCCUCGCGCAGAGAUAGCCGCGCGUUAAUUACGGAUGCGGCGGGCCGUUGCAAAUGCUAACCGGCUAAUUUCGGUUUCGUAUUUCAGCAUUAGCCGCAUUUUUCCCACGCGUCGCGAACGACUAUAUAUAUACGCGGCCCGUUACUCGUACAGACACGGACACAUACACGUGUGGCGUAGAACCGGCACGAUUCUACGUCGAGCUUAAUUUUUAAUCUGCCGCGCGUAACGUCGUCGAGAAAUAAUCCGCCACUUAUUAUGCAAAUUUAAUCGUGCGUUUAUCGCGAGGCGCGCUAAUCGCAGAUAACUUUUCCGCUCAACUUCACCGUUGCGGCGCGUCCGUUCCUUUUUAUUUCCGGCGGGACAAAGAGCGUCCCGGGCCGCUUUGUUUUCCCGGAUACGUCCGCGUUUAAUCCUCUCUGCGAUCUUCCUCGACGCGACCAUUAUGCCGUCGCAAGUCGUAGUCGUCGUGGUCGUGGUUGCGCGCAGUUUCUAAGUUCGGGCGCCGAUUCAAGUCGUAGCAGUUCGCUGCCAAACAAACGCAUCCAUUCGAUCACCGGGGAAGGAGGGGUGGGUGAGAGUAAACGCUCGGUCUUCCACGAUCUCUCUUUUUGACACGCGGCAAGAAACAGAAUCGGACGUGCGAGGGGGAUUUUCCGCGCGAAAGAACGAAUGGUAAAAGGGAAAAGAUGAAGAAAUUCUCCUAAUAUCGGUGAGAGUCUUCUUCCCGCGAGCUAUCUAAGGACGUCGAGAGAAAAUCAGUCUGAGAUUCCGAGUCGUUUCGAGAAGCCGGGGAUAGCUCGCGGGAACGAGUCGAGUAACUCUUCGUGAUGGUUCCUCUCUUCGGGAGAGACGGGUGAGAGACUCCCGCGUGAGUUUAGUUUCCCCAAAGUUUUCCGACUCCCAUCAUCUUCUCGAGGGCAGUUACUCGGGACGUUUCAAAGUGUUUCUAUUAUUCGGGGCGUCACUCGGUCUCUCGAGCCAUUCGGGGGAAAGAUAUUUUGCAGCGGGCUCUCGAGCAAGGUACGUCUCGCUGCGAGGCAUAUUUUGGUGCGAGCGAGCGCGCGACAUCGUGAUAAAUCCCGCGACGUAUACAAAUAGUUCGACGUACGUCGGUGACGUUCGCUUUCGUGGAGAGAAACAUCGGAGGGUUUGUUUGAAGAUCCCCCGUGCUCAAAACGCGCGCUCCCGCCCUUCGCUCCGCAACUUCGACCGUACUUCGACAGCAUUGUGGUCGGGAAAAUGCAUGCCCGAGUGCAGCGGCGCGUCCUUUAUCGGCACGGGCGUCCUACAUAGAGAGCUUUUUCCGAGCGUUUCCACGUUAUCGCUCGUUGUUUGCGUCACGGACUCGAACUUCCAAUUCCUAAUCGAUUCGCGUCAUCGAGCGGGAACCUCGGAGGGAGAAGGAGAGAGACGCUGGCGUCCCUUUAGCAUUUCGCAUUUAAAAGAUAUGGAGAAAGCGAAAAAAAAAUCGAGUAGCUUCUAUUUUUCUACGUUUACCGCUUGCGGAGCGGUGAAAUCUAUUUUGUCACACCUCGCGAACUGUACUUUGCUCAAGAAGAAACUGAAUGGCUCAAUAAUCAAAUAUAAAAAAACGAAAACGCGUGGAUCCGCAUAAUGGAUCGAGAUCGAGAAGGCGCGCGCGUGGUGGCGGAAAUCUGCGCGCCAAGUUCUACCCGCCGAAGAUCAACUAAGGGUACACGUCCGGAAGAUAAGCGCGCCGAUGCGCCGCAAACCCUGCGCCGGAAACGGGUUUUCCCGGCGCACGGCUCGCUGCGGCUACGGCACAUCGAUCGUCGAUGCAUUUCGGCGGCUCGGAUACCGUUUCCGGCGUCAAAGAGCCAAGGUCGGCCCCCGCUUAAUCGCGGGAUGGAUGAUCGCGGCGAUGCCCGUCGACGUCACGCCGGCACACAGGACACCCGCAGGGUCGGGAUUGGAGAUAGACAAGAUGGACCAGCAGUAUUGUCUACGGUGGAACAAUCAUCCAGCCAACCUCACUGACGUUCUCAGCUCGCUGCUCGCCAGAGAGGCACUCUGCGACGUGACCCUGGCCUGUGUCGGGGAGACCUUCAAGGCGCACCAGACCAUACUCUCCGCAUGCAGCCCGUAUUUCGAGAGCAUUUUCCUGCAGAACAUCCACCCCCAUCCAAUAAUAUUCCUCAAGGAUGUCAAUGACACGGAAAUGAAGGCGUUGCUGCACUUUAUGUAUAAGGGCGAAGUCAAUGUUAGUCAGCAUCUGCUACCGAUGUUCCUUAAAACAGCGGAGGCAUUGCAGAUCAGAGGCCUCACCGAUAAUAGUGUAAAUAACAAAACGGAGGACAAGUGUCCGUCACCGGAUCCAGAAACGCAAACUGGAGUCAGACAUAGCGACUCGCCUAACCUCCAGUCCCAUCAUGAAAAGAGGAAAAGAAAGAAUUCAGGCAGCUACGACGUUUCUCUUUCUGGCCCACCUAGCGAAAGAUUUUUGUCCGACUCUCAGACAUCCUCGCAGUGUAGUUACAAAUCAAGUCCUCCUGUGAUUCCAAAGUUAAAUAAUGCCCUGGGAGUUGAGAUGGAAGAUGGUGGUCGGCCCAUGUCUCCUGCUUCACAACCGCAGGCUCCUAUUAAACAAGAGGUGGAUCACCACUUGCCCGACUUCCAUGACAAUAUUUCCCUCCCCACUGGUAUGGAGUGGGAGGUUCAGAGAGAUGGGAAGAGUGACGAAACUACGGAUGUACAGAACAUGACUUCAAAUCGUCCAGAUUCGGCUGUGGUGCAAGUUUCUCGCGAAAGUGCCAUCAUGGCUGGAGGUUCUCUCUAUGUCGAUAUGUCGGGAAUUACGUCUGAACUCCCCGGGAAUUCGCAUAAUCCGCUAAGUCACGCCGUAUCCAUGAACUCGCACCAUCCGUACAAAAGCAAUAGCAAACUUGGUCAAACUCAGUCUUACGAAUCGUUGUCCCAAUAUAAUCCGAACGUUAAAACGCUCGAAAAUGACACGCAUAGAUCGCUACAAAUAAAUCAGGAAUCAGGAAUGUCCGUAAUUCAGUCGACAAUAUGCGCAAACUUGCAGCGUUCUACUCCGCCAAGUAGAAAGGCUGGUAGAUUUAAACCCGGGUGGUUAGACACGUAUCCCUGGCUACAAUACGAUGAACGAUCGAAUCUUAUGUUUUGCAAAUACUGUAGAAAGUGGAGCGAAUCCAUACCAGAAAUUCGCACUUCGUUUGCUGCGGGAAAUGGCAAUUUUAGACUCGAAAUCGUCAACCACCAUGAUAAAUGUAAAGCGCACAAUAUAUGCGUGAUAAAAGAAAGUGAGGCAAGAAAAAGUUACGCGUAUACGACAAAAACGUGUUAGCCUCGACAGUUAUUAUCAGAUUCUUCCUGUGCCUAGUUAAUUCGUAAUCAGUUUCACGCUCAAUUAAUAUUUAAAAGGAAUUCUGUACAAAUAUUACAUAUAAUAUUCAACACACACAUUUGCGCAAGCUACUUUAUGAUUUUAACAAAGUCUUGUUUAUUACUAAAUCGCUCCAAAGUUUAAGUAAACUUAUAAUUAUUUUUACACAAAAUGAGACAUACUCGAACUUGUAACAGAAUGUGUUACAAGUGCAUUAUUGUUUGUUUGAUUACUAUACUUCUUAAUAGAUAUUCCCAGAUAUCUUCCAAAGAUUCUUCUUUCCGAUUCUAAUAUUAAAGCCUAGGGCUUUUUUAUUUUUGGACUAUAUCUUAUCCUUAGUGCUUUUAUUGCAUAAACAAUGUUAUAAAUUUACACUUGUUGAGUAUAAUUUUAUAGAAGCAAGUUUUUUAUCAGAUA